GCGGGGCUCAGGAUGGCGGCGGCUCGGCCGUGGCGGCCGCUGCUGCUGCUGCUGGCGCUGGCGCCCGGGCCGCUGCCGGUGAGCGGAUACUUCCCCGAGGAGCGCUGGAGCCCGGAGUCGCCGCUGCGGCCGCCGCGCGUGGUCGUGGCCAUCGUGGCUCGGAACGCGGCGCACGCGCUGCCCGUGACGCUGGGAGCGCUGGAGCGGCUGCGGCACCCCAAGGAGCGCACGGCGCUGUGGGUGGCCGUGGACCACAGCGUGGACAACACGACGGCGCUGCUGCGGGAGUGGCUGGUGCGGGUGCAGGGGCUCUACCACCGCGUGGAGUGGAGACCCCUGGAGGAGCCGCGGUCGUACCCCGGCGAGGAGGGUCCCAAACACUGGACCCCGUCGCGCUACGAGCACGUGAUGAAGCUGCGUCAGGCGGCGCUGGAGUCUGCCCGAGCCAUGUGGGCUGACUACCUGCUGUUCCUGGACGCCGACAACGUCCUGACCAACCCCGACACGCUGCAGCUGCUGAUGGCAGAGAACAGGACGGUGGUGGCGCCGAUGCUGGACUCGCGCGCCGCCUACUCCAACUUCUGGUGCGGGAUGACGGCGCAGGGCUACUACCGGCGGACGCCAGCCUACCUGCCCAUCCGCAAGCGCGAGCGCCGCGGCUGCUUCGCCGUGCCCAUGGUCCAUUCCACCUUCCUGCUGGACCUGCGCAAAGAGGCCUCGCGGCAGCUCGCCUUCUACCCCCCGCACCCCGACUACACCUGGGCCUUCGACGACAUCAUCGUCUUCGCCUUCUCCUGCCGGCAGGCGGGGGUGCAGAUGUUCGUCAGCAACCGCGAGCCGUUCGGGUUCCUGCCGGUGCCGCUGCGCUCGCACGGCUCCCUGCGCGACGAGGCCGACAGCUUCCUGCACGUGCAGCUGGAGAUCAUGGUGAAGAACCCGCCGGCAGAGCCGUCCCCGCACGUGUGGGUCCCCCCAAAGGUCCCCGACAAGAUGGGCUUCGACGAGGUUUUCCUGAUCAACCUGAAGCGCCGCGCCGAGCGCCGGGAGCGGAUGCUGCGCUCGCUGCACGAGCAGGAGAUCGCCUGCAAGCUGGUGGAGGCCGUGGAUGGAAAGGCCAUGAACAGGAGCGAGGUGGAAGCUCUGGGCAUCCGGAUGCUGCCGGGGUACCGGGACCCGUAUCACGGGCGGCCGCUGACCCGGGGGGAGGUCGGCUGCUUCCUCAGCCACUACCGUGUCUGGCAGGAGAUCGUCGCGAGGGGCUUGGCCAAGUCCGUGGUGUUCGAGGACGAUUUGCGCUUCGAGAUCUUCUUCAAGCGGCGCCUCAUGAACCUGAUGGAGGAUCUGGAGGCCGAGGGGCUGCCCUGGGACCUGAUCUACAUCGGGAGGAAGCGGAUGCAGGUGGAGAGGCCCGAGAAGGCCGUGGCCGGCGUGAGGAACCUGGUGGAAGCCGACUACUCGUACUGGACCCUGGGCUACGUGCUGUCCCUGCGCGGCGCGCGGCGGCUGCUGGCGGCUCGGCCCCUCGGCAAGAUGCUGCCGGUCGACGAGUUCCUGCCCGUCAUGUUCGACAAGCACCCGCUCGCUGCCUACAUGCGGCACUUCUCCCCGCGGGACCUCGUGGCGUUCUCGGCGGAGCCGCUGCUCGUGUUCCCGACGCACUACACGGGGGACUCCGGCUACGUGAGCGACACGGAGCCGCCGCUGCCGUGGGACGGGGGCGACGCGGCCCCAGCCCCCGCCGGGGGUCCCGCUCCGUGGCCGGGGGGCUCGGGGAAGGCGGCGGAGCAGGAGGAGCUGCGGCGGGAGGCGCGAAACGCCGACGUGCUGCAGUCGGCGCUGGACCGAGCGGCGCGGGACGAGCUCUGAC